GUCGCUCCAUCACCUGACGCAAUCGCGUUGGCUCCGCCUGGUUCGAUCGAAGCCUUUUUGUAAAGCGUCACGUUGCUCUGCAGCACUGAAACAGGAGACUUCGCAUCCUCCGAGUACAGCCUACUCUGCUCUCUGUCCUCUCCGACAUCUCUUAGCAGCCACCAUGACUCACCAGUACCCCGCGCUGACUCCUGAGCAGAAGAAGGAGCUCCAGGAAAUUGCUCAGAGGAUAGUCGCUCCAGGAAAGGGCAUCCUGGCCGCAGAUGAGUCCACUGGCAGCAUGGCCAAGCGUUUGAACCCCAUUGGGGUUGAGAACACGGAGGAGAACCGGCGCCGGUACCGCCAGCUGCUCUUCACCGCCGACCAGCGCAUCGACAGCUGCAUCGGAGGGGUCAUCUUCUUCCACGAAACCCUCUACCAGAAAACCGACGAUGGCGUCCCCUUCGCCCAGCUCAUCAAAGACCGUGGCAUUGUUGUUGGCAUCAAGGUGGAUAAGGGUGUCGUCCCUCUCGCCGGAACAAACGGAGAGACCACAACUCAGGGUCUGGACGGACUGUCUGAGCGUUGUGCCCAGUACAAGAAAGACGGCGCAGACUUCGCCAAGUGGCGUUGUGUGCUGAAGAUCAGCGAAACCACACCCUCUGAGCUGGCCAUCUUUGAGAACGCUAACGUGCUGGCCCGAUACGCUAGCAUCUGCCAGCAGAAUGGAAUUGUUCCUAUUGUGGAGCCUGAGAUCCUUCCUGAUGGAGACCAUGACCUGAAGCGCUGCCAGUACGUCACAGAGAAGGUCCUAGCUGCAGUCUACAAGGCUCUCUCAGACCAUCAUGUGUACCUGGAGGGGACAUUGCUGAAGCCUAACAUGGUCACUCCUGGACACUCCUGUCCCACCAAGUUCAGUAACCAGGAGAUCGCCAUGGCUACCGUCACUGCCCUGCGCCGCACAGUGCCUCCAGCUGUCACAGGAGUUACAUUCUUGUCUGGCGGCCAGUCUGAAGAGGAGGCCAGCGUGAACCUGAACGCCAUCAACACCUGCCCGCUCCUCAAGCCCUGGGCUCUGACCUUCUCCUACGGCCGUGCCCUGCAGGCCUCCGCCCUCAACGCCUGGAAGGGAGUGCUCAACAAUGAGAAAGCCGCCACUGAGGAAUUCAUCAAGCGCGCUGAGGCGAACGGGCUGGCUGCUCUUGGCAAGUACGUGUCAUCUGGAACCGGCACCGCCGCCUCACAGUCUCUCUACGUGGCGAACCACGCCUACUAAACAUGGAAGGACCACAUUCAGCCGUGGCCUAGUUUUAGUCUUAAAUCUGCUCUUCUGUCCCCUCUCACUCCUCCAUCGACCACAGGCCUGCGCUCUCUAUUGUACCUUAAUAUCAGAGUAAUAAACAUUGUUAGAUAAGUGUAUUUUAAACGAAUGUGAUGUUAUAACACUGAAGGGAACAGGAUUAUUGUUUGGAUUUCUUUCCCUCUUUGAACAGUUCGAGGCAAAUUUGAGAUGUUAUAUUUGUGAUGAGGCUGAAAAACCAGAAGCCAGAGACUCCAGAAUGUGAUGAGGAUCAUCCGUCAGUAUUCAUUUCUCGCGCCUGCCUCCAUGUCAGGUGCCUUCUCCCUACGAGCAGACUAAAAUCCGCAUGAGUGUUAGUGUCGCGCUUCUGUUUGAAACACAAUGUGCGCUCAUUGUGUCCUCUUCGUACCAACAUCCACAUCAACAGUGGGACCAACUAAUUACACGUGGGCAUCAGUUAAAGCGCAGCAUGGCGACGAGAACAGUGAAAGGUCUGAUCUGGGUUAUCUUUUGAUAGAGGGUCCCAGCAGAGAUCACACGGUACUGUAAUAACCCGCUCCACACCGGCUUUCACCCUGAUCUUUUCCAUGUGUUCCUUAUGACCAUUAAUACAAACUAAAAACAUCAUCUGUGUCUUUUCUGUAUAACAUUAGCUCUCAAAGUCAUGCAGUAAUUGAUGUAUUUUGUUAUGUGAAGGUGUCAAUAUUGUGUGAUGCUUGUGUCACCUCUCCCCCCCCCCCUGUCCUGCUUUUCCCUGCUGGCCCCUCGGGAAGAUCAGAGGAAGUCUAUUGAAAUGUAUGUCAAUCAAAUGGACCAACGUGUGGGACCAGCAGCACAGAAACAUUCACUGCUUUGUUGAAAUACUGUGUUUGUGAUGUUAAUAUUGUUCUUGAAACACUCGGUGUGUCAUGUAGUGGAGAUAAUAAACUAAAAUACAAAUUAAACCUGA